AAGUGCACAAAUAAUGAAAUCUUAUCUUUCUUUCAGGUGACUCGAUGCCAUCUUUUGAACGGGAUAUAUAUAAAGCUGAGGGAAAGUUCAUUGGAUAUUAUUGUCUACAUUUAGAAUGAUUAAGAUGAAACUCCAAGCGGUAUUAUUUACGACGUUUGUUGCGUUUGCAACAGUUAAUUGUCAUUUCCUUCCGGAUUUCGGUAAGGGACCACUAUACGAAGAUAUUCAAUACUUCCUGGACAUGAUUCCCAUGGAAGAAGUGAUAAAUACUGUUCUGAAAUACGCUGCGGAUGAUGCCGAAUUCCAAGAUUUUCUCAAGUAUUUCUCAACAACUGAAUUCAAAGAUAUGAUUGUCGAUGUCGAGGCUAUGCCCGAAUUCCGUAGAUUCGUGAAUUAUCUGGAAAACAACGGUAUUUUCAUUUACGACGAAUUGAAUAAAUUGAACAAGGUAAUCGGAAUUCCAGCUAUUCACCAGUACAAUUAUAAAAAAAUCACGGGUGGAGUGAAAGGUUUGUUCGAUGAUGUCAAGGCACUUAUCUCCUAUGAUAAAUUCAUACAUGGUUAUGUGUACAAGAUGAGGACCUCCGAAGCUUUCCGUGCUUUCGUAGCUGAAUUAAAGUCUAAAGGUAACCAAGAAUUUGCCGAUGCUCUCUAUGUGAAUCAACGUUAUUUGAAUUUCCGUGCAUUGAUAAUCAAGAAGGGCAUUGACUUCGUUUUGAUCGAAGACAUUAUUUACACCGUUCUUGGCGUUGAAUUCCCAGUAAUCGAAACCAUGGAAACUUUCGCCUCUCAAGAAUUGUCCAAAGAUCUUCAUGACUUCAUGAAUUUAAUUGAUAAAGAGAAAAUUUUAAAAAUUAUCACAUCUUAUUUGGAAGAUGAUGAAGUACAGAAAGCUCUUAAAUAUAUGUACAGCGACGAAUUCCAUGAUUUGGUUCGUGUUGUUGAAGCUAUGCCUGAAUAUCAAGAUUUGGUAAAAUUCUUGGAAGAUUCUGGUCUGAAUAUGACCGAGCUGAUCAACAAAAUUCAUCAUUUGUUCGGUAUGGAGGACUACGUGCCACCUAAAAUUAAUAUCAAAUAUUUAUUCAUGAGUACAUAUUCUAAUCUUGGUGGAGUUAAGGCUUUGGUUGAUGCUGUAAAGGCUGCUCUUCCAUUGGACAAAUUCAGAGCUCUAUACGAGGAAAAAAUGAAAACUUCAGCUGCCUUCAAAACCUUCAUAGAAAAACUUCGCUCGGACGAUUUCCAACACAUUGUCAAAACCGUUUACAGUUCGCCUAUCUUUUUGGAAAUGAGACAAAAGUGUAUCGAAGCUGGAUUGAAUCUCGAACCACUCAGAGAUUUAAUUGAAAAUGUUCUUGGCAUUCAUCUUCCUAGACCUUGAAUCCAUUCUAAAUUUGCUGUACAAUGAUAAUAAAUUUUUAAUUUAGUUUUGUUAUAAAAUUGUAAAAAAACUCUAAUCAUUUGAAUAUUAAAUCUCAAAAUUGUUAUAUUGUUUAA